CUGUUCUUCCGGUUGCUGGAGGUGUCGGACGUGGUGCUGGAGAAUUUCCGGCCCGGCACCAUGGAGGCUAUGGGGUUCAGCUACGAGGAGAUGUGCAAGGUCAAUCCCGGCAUCAUCCUGGCAUCGGUGUCAGGGUUCGGGCAGUACGGGCCAUACCGUGACCGCCAGUGCUUUGACCCCAUCAUCCAGGCGAUGAGCGGGUUCGGCGAUCAGACGGGACGCGGUUUCGACCAGCCGAUCAUGGGCAAUGGCCCGGUGAUGGACCGCACCGCCGCGCUGCACGCGGUCAUCGGCAUCCUGGGAGCGCUGCGACACCGGGACCGCACCGGCGAAGGCCAGUGGCUGGAAGUGGCGAUGCUGGACGGCGGCAUCACCCUGGAGGAAGUCGCGCUGGCCAUGUGCUACGACACCGGCACCAACGACUUCGUGCGGGUGGGCACGUUCCUGCGGUGCUCGGACGGGUGGGUGACCACGGGCGCCGCCCGGGCCGGCAUGUGGGAGCGCAUGCUCCGGGUGAUGAAGUUCGACGAUUUGGCCGAGGACCCGGAGUUCGCCGCCCCGAUGUUUGCCACCGACAUGGCGGAAAUUCGUAUGGAAUUGCUGCGAGAGUGGUGCGAGGAACGGACGGUGCAAGAGGUGGAGGACGCCUUGGUCGCCGCCGACAUCCCCUUUGGAGCGGUGAAAUCCAUCCCCGAGGUGUUGGCCGACAACCACAUGUGGGAGCGGAACGUGAUGAUGGAAGCCGACGCCCACGACCCGCCGGGCAAGAAGGUGCUGGUACCCGGCCCGACCAUCAUCAAGUUCUCCAAGACGCCCACCAGCGCCGGCCCGAUACCGAAGUACGGCGAGCACAACGGCGCGAUCUACGGCGACCUGUUGGGAAUGUCCCAGAAAGAGAUGGCCGGUUUGGCGGAGGAAGGGAUCAUCACCUGA